ACAGAGGUGGGCACAAGUAGGCUACUACACAUUAUGUUGUCAAGGUAGGCUACAUUUAGUAUUUGCUUUGAACUUCAGUGUUCAAAAGUACAACUAUUUGUCAUUUUUAAUGUGAUGUAGGCCUAAUGCAAAACCGGAUAACUCAAUUGGGUAUACCAUUUAAUGAUGUAAAGAUCUUGCCAUGUGGUGACUGUCAGAUCGCUGUGUGAUUUCAUUCCAAAUUCACCAUGAUCAUGAAUUCUGAUGAAGAAUCUACUGGCUACUACCACUACCACUAUUACUACUACUUCUUUAUGCCUGUAUUUCAAAUAGUGGAGGCAAGUACAGCAUUUGCCUUUCAAAUGUAAAGGAGUAAAAGUUUUCAAAACAUUAAAACUCAAGUAGUAAAUGAUACUCGAAAACCAUACUAUAGGCCUGAGUGUACAGUAUAAGUGAGCUACUAGGCCUAGCCUACUACCCCUGCCAAUUAACUUAUUGCGCUAACAUCCAGCCUUAACAUUACGUUUCACAAUGUUAAUAUGGCAUAAUAAUAGUAAUACCCUAAUAAUGUGUGUCAUUUAGUUAGUAGGCCUAUGCCUUUGCACCUGCUAGUAACACCAGAGCCCAUUCAUUCUAGGCUACAACAUCUCGCGUGGGGAGUCGACUAAAUCUAAUGUUUCAUAUUCUCUUAACAUUCGUUUGGUGUGAUAGUAUGAUACCGAACGAAUGCCGGAAAGAUACACGUAGACAUAAAAAGAAAUAUCUUAAAUAUUCUGCUAUCGUUAGCUUAAUGGCGUAGCCUACAUUUCAACUUUAGAUGCGAGCAAAUAGCCCUGAAACUAAAAAGAUAUCGACACUCAUCAAUAACUACAGACAUAAUUAUAUAUUACCAUUUCAGGAAGCGUCUCGAAAUUUCAGGAUUUUGGAGAAAAGGGAAGUUUUUGCUAGAAAGUAAAUUGAAGACAUAUUUCUGAUCAAAGGUUAUCUGCUCCCCAGCCAUGAUGAUGUUGUAAGGGGAUCACUAUGGAAACGGUCCACACAGUCCUCCGCGCGUGCGCCAGGUGGUGGAGCAGUUUUGCCGAACAUCGCAGAAGUCUAUCUGUUUCCAUUUAGUAGCGUAAUAGUAUUAUUAUUAGCAUCAGAUCUUGGCUUUGUUAGAGAGAACUGAAUUCAAACAUUUUGAAUCUCAGAAUUCUCCUUGCCAUCUAAUCAAUAACAAGACACUAAAAACGACAUGGUUUUCAUUAGCAACUUCAACAACAAAAGGCAUUAGUGGCUUCCAAGACUGGACUUCAGCUCGGGCAUAACCUAUCAAGCGGAAGGUAUGCAUGUGGCUGCCAUGGUGGUUGCAGACAACCUUGAAACCCUGCUGCUGCCCAAUGGGGAACACGGAGGUGCAGUGUCAGGUUUCCUUUCACAUCUGGGUUUAAUAGGCUGUACAGGAUGUUGUCAAGCCGCCAGACAAGAGCACUUAACUAUUGAUAUUAUAGCUGUGGAAUUCUUUUGACUGAUGCAGGCUAGAGAAAGUGGGCUGGCUGAAGGUACAUCCCUUGCCUUCUACUCCCUGCUCUCAUCAAUGACAGAGAAAUACCCUCAAGCUAUUUGCAGGGCUCCUUGACCAUUCAUCAUGAUUUGGAUCAUUUUGGUGUCAAUGCUGUUGUUACCUGUUUCACCUUCAUCUACUAGUUCAGACAAUGCAACUACAAAUCAGUCUCUGGAAAUAACUGAUGACGAUGAUGGCCAUGAUGUCACUCUCAAAAGUGACAAGACUCUCCCUUCGGCCAAGUAUGGAGAAAAGUGUACAAUGCCUUGUGAACUGGCAGCUAAGUUCAUGAAAGAAGAAAGGCACUCUCUAUGUAGUGACCUUCAUCAUUCAGUUGUUUCAUACACAAGGAGUACUAGAAAGAUGAUCAGAGAUUUAAUCGAUGAACAGCAAAAAUCCUUAGAAUUACUCUCCAACCAGGUGAUGGAACUCACAUCAAAGGUUAGCACACUCAGCUCGGAAGUUCAGCGGACCAACACUGAAACAUUAUCAGUGAAGCCAGUGCAAUCCCAUGGACGGGAUUGUAGCGACAUAAAAGAGACACUUUAUGCAACUGUCUCCAAAAUACCGAGUGGGAUCUAUAUAAUACAUCCAGAAAACAUAGAGUAUCCUUUUGAGGUGUUUUGUGAGAUGGAUUACAUGGAUGGAGGGUGGACUGUUGUGCAAAGGAGGACUGACGGUCUAACUGACUUUAGACGUCCGUGGUCAGACUACGUGAAUGGAUUUGGUCAUCUUCCAGGUGAACACUGGCUCGGUCUAAGGAAGAUAUUCAAUAUUGUCAGCCAGAAACAGACCCCUUUCCAACUCCAUAUUGCCUUCGUUUCACAAGAUGACUCCACUGCGUAUGCUUCUUAUGACAAAUUUUGGAUUGAAGAUGAGACCAACUUCUUCAGAAUACAUCUUGGAAGAUAUGCUGGCAGUGCAGGUGAUGCUUUCCGUGGGUACGAGCAAGAAGAAAACCAGGAAACGGCACCGUUUAGCACAUCUGAUGUGGAUAAUGAUGGCUGUAAUCCAACUUGCACAUUUGACGGAAAUGCUGUGGAGAGCUGUAGUACCCAUCAGAAUGGCACAGGCUGGUGGUUUAACCAGUGUGGGCGCGCAAACCUAAAUGGAUGCCCGGCGGACCAGGAUCAAGCCACUAUCCCACACAUGCGCUGGGAAACUUGGACUAAAAACGGCAUUCCGGUACAGAUUAAGUCUGUGACCAUGAAGAUAAGGAGAAUGGACAUUCCUCAAAAUAAUUAAUCGCAUUAGAGGAGUGUUUUGAUUUUACACUGUUAUUGAGAGGAAGUGGAAAUAAGUGUUUCAACCUGGUUGUGUUGUAGAUACCAUCCCAUCAGAUAAUAAAAUGGAACUAGCA